AUGCAUCACCAAAUCGUCGCACUAGAUGCGUGGCAUCUCUGCAAGACGAAAUCAACCUCUAAUGAAGAGAUUCGAGAUCGCGUCAAAGAUGCUACCAUCAUUGCCGUCACAAUCACCCCGCUUGACGCCUCGACGCUCUCAGCAGCUGUGACGCCAAACCUUCGUCUCGUGGUGGUCAUUGCAUCCGGCACUGAUGGCAUUGAUAAACAGCAAUGCAAAGAAAGGGGCAUCAGGGUGCUGAAUUCACCCAGCGCAAAUACUGAGAGCGUCGCAAACCAUGCCAUGGCAAUGUAUUUUGCGUGCCGCCGCCGUCUGUUGACGAUGCACCACACCAUGUUUAGAACAGACGAGUGGAAGACACAGGGAACGGUGACAAGAAAGAUGCUUUCUAAAGAUCACGGCUUACCGUUGUCCUGUCAAGAGGAGGUGGUGGGGAUUAUUGGGCACGGCGCAAUAGGUCAACGAAUUGCUCAACAAUGCCGCGGCCUUGGCAUGACUGUCUUGAUUGCUUCUCGGAAAGUCGCAGCGUCAAACGCUACUGAGCCGUCCACAGGGACAGAGAUUUCCAAUGGCAGAACCCCGUUCACAGAGGUUCUGCGACGAUCAUCCGUGAUUGUACUAUGCUUGCCUCGGAAUCCGGAAACCAUCAAUAUGAUAUCUGAUGAUGAGUUUCGCAUAAUGUCUCCAAAGGCUGUCGUGGUAAACGUCACGCGUGGGGGCAUUGUAGAUGAGCAUGCCCUGCUCAGAGCUCUAAGAGGCGGGCUGAUAGAUGGGUGUGCUACAGAUGUGUUUCUAACAGAGCCUUCUGGAGCAGGUGAUCACUGGCAGGACGGCGAUAGCCCGGUUCUAAACUUGAGCGAAGCCGAAGCGGACGAGGUGAAUUUAUUGGUUACGCCUCAUGUGGCGUGGUGCGCGAGCACAACUAUAGACAACUAUUUGCAGACUUUUAAGCAAAAUAUCGAAAAUUGGUGUGCCGGGAAGUUGUCAAACGUGGUGGUCUAG